AUGUCCGGGCGUAUAAUAGUGGCCACAAUAGGCGUUGCGUUUUCGCUGUAUUGUAUAUUCGUUGCGGUAGUGACUUUCCUAGGGAAAAAUGUCGCGACCCUUCACUUAAAUUCAUCAUACUAUAAGCUCGCAUUUGCUGCACUAUAUGCUGUUCUUUCACCAUUUGGCUUAUCAGGAAUACUAGGAGCAUUACACCGAAAGAAAUCUUUAAUAAGAGGCUUUCUAUGGCAGUAUUGGGUGGGCACUUUAUUAAUAUGUGGUGCCAAUGCCAUAAGCGUCAUAUAUUCUCACGCAAAGCAAAAAGCCAUAUUUCGAGACUGUGAGGGCGACAAUUUUUUUGAUCCUAAUGUAGCAAUCGACUGUGUUGCAUUUGUACGCAGUGCCCAAAAGAACGCAUUCAUCGCCGCGAUAGCUCAAGGAUCAGCGAUGGUAUUAAUAGGAUUAGUGUUAUUAAUAGUUGGAGGACGGGAGUUUCAUGAUAUCAAAAUUGACGAAGAGACAAAUAAUCUGUUGGACAAGGGUCUGUUUGAAAACAAAGAUAAAUCAGAACCGUUCGGUCGAAUCGUUUCACCUGUUGUCAAUCCACCCGAUACGGCAUAUACCCCCACCGUUCCUUUCAGAACACCGGCUAACAACAAUGGUUCACCGUACGGUGCUUACGGACUCGAUCGUAAACAAAGUUUGGCCAGUACGGCCUAUGGUCUCGAGCACAAACCAAGCUUAGCCAGCUCUACCUCAUCGUAUGGACCUAGUCCGUAUGUAAGACGACCGAUGAACGGUAGAGACAUGUAUUUAACGGCUAAUCAGAUGAAUGGAGCACAGGCAGCACCGCCGAGAUCGCAAGGACUGUACAGGCAACCAACAACCAGUAGCACAUAUUCAGAUCGUACACUACAUUCGCCAGCAACGCGUCCUCAGUAUAUCAACCCACCGGAAAGAUCUUAUGCGAAUGAUAACUCGUCAUUACCCUAUCUGAAAUACGGGCCGGGACAACCGCCUGCUGAUGAUUAUGAUAAUUACUGGCAGCAAACAGGAUCAAAGACAUUGGCUAGUAAUGUUAAUAGAAUGAACAUGUAUUAA